CAUUGACGAUAAAUAUUGGUUGGGCGUAAAUGCGAUUCAAUUGGCAUAUUGUCAGUUGAAGUAUAUGCGUUCUUCUACCAGUGUCUAUCAUACAUAGAAGCGACUUUUUUGCUUUCUGGGCUCACAUAGAGAAACAACAACGGUGUUUUACUUGGGAACGACCAAAUAUUCCUAAUGACUACUUUGGAAAAUAAUUUGAAGAUUAAUCUUGCUGAAAAGACUAAAGUAGAACCCGCGGCUGCUAUAGUGAGAACCAAAAUCAUAUGUACGAUAGGUCCAAAAACGAACAGUUUUGAAAUGAUCGGCAAGCUAGUGGAAGCUGGAAUGAACGUCAUGCGCCUCAACUUUAGUCAUGGUUCACAUGAGUAUCACGCCUCGGUUAUUAGCAACUUGAGAAAGUAUCUGAUAGCAAGCCGUCGUAUGUGUGCCAUUAUGUUGGACACAAAAGGCCCAGAAAUACGUACAGGUAAACUAAAGGAUGGGAAAGAAGUUGUUUUACAUACUGGCCAAACUUUUCGUGUUACUUCGGAUAUGUCGGUCGUUGGUGAUGAAACUAUUGUGGCACAGAGUUAUGAGAAACUUGCACAAACUGUUUCUCGUGGUUCUCUUAUUCUUAUCGAUGAUGGGUUGAUUGCUUUACAAGUAGAAAGCGUGGAAGAUGAUCUCGUUCACUGUGUAGUCAAAAAUGGCGGUAUAUUGGGAGAAACAAAAGGAGUGAAUCUUCCCAAUGCAUCUGUGGACUUACCUGCCUUGACAGACAAGGACGUUUCAGACCUUCGCUUUGGCGUGGAACAAAAAGUUGAUUUUGUUGCUGCAAGUUUUAUUCGUAAAGCUAGUGAUGUGGAGGAAAUUCGAGAGACUUUGAAACGCUUUGGUGGUUCACGUAUCAAAAUAAUUGCAAAGAUAGAGAAUCAGGAGGGUUUGGACAAUUUUGAUGAAAUAUUGGAAGUUGCUGAUGGAAUCAUGGUAGCUCGAGGAGAUUUGGGGGUGGAAAUACCGAUAGAGAAAGUGUCUCUUGCACAAAAGAUGAUGAUUUCCAAAUGUAAUGUGAAAGGAAAGCCAGUUAUUACAGCUACUCAAAUGUUGGAGUCGAUGAUUAAGAAUCCUCGUCCCACUAGAGCUGAAACCACCGAUGUUGCAAAUGCAGUGUUUGAUGGUAGUGACUGUGUGAUGCUUUCAGGAGAAACUGCCAAAGGUGACUAUCCUGUAGAGACUGUAGAGACUAUGGUAGCCAUUUGUCGUGAAGCGGAAAGUUGUAUUGAUUACAAUUACAAUUUUACUUGUUUGCGGAAUUUGAUGAGACAACAGAAGCCUUCUAUAACUGAAGUGAUUACUUCUUCUGCAGUUCGAACAGCAUUUGAUUUACAUGCUUCGCUCAUUCUUUGUUUAACGGAAACAGGAACGACUGGUCGUUUGGUAUGCAAAUAUCGUCCAGUAGCUCCUGUGAUAUGUGUGACUAGCAAUGAACAAACUGCUCGUCAGUUAUUGAUUGAUCGAGGAAGUUUUCCAUUGGUAGUUGGUUCGAUGAUUGGUACAGAAAGUCUUAUUGCACGUUGUUUGGUUGCUUGUAAACAAAGUGGCAUAGCAUCUUCUGGAGAAUUGGCCAUCGUUAUUUCUGGUAUGAGAGAAGGUGUUGCUGGAGCCACCAAUUUGUUAAGAGUAGUAACUAUAGAAUGAGAGAGUAAUGGCUGUUUCGUUUGAUAAUAAAAGAAGAAAGCAUGCUUUGAUCCU